AUGAAGUUUGCCAUAUUUGUGAUAGUGACCAUCAUGUUGCUGGUUGCGGUCAGUUCCCAACUAGAUGUCAAUGUUGACAAGCGGAAUACUGGAGAAGGCUGCCCACUCGGAAAGCCUUGCAGUCGAACCUGGUGGUGCAAAAUCUUCCUCAUCGAAUGUGGCAAGCUAGACGCGUUUCGUCCCAUGUUGGACAGGGACACCUCAGUGGCCCGAGUAGCCAUGAUCUGUAAUCCUGGCUACCAUUGUUACAUAGGUACGCGUAGAUGGAUACCAUGCUCUAAACAUCUUGUCUUUCAGACUCGUUCGUGCUUCAAGCAUGAAUCAGAAGAUUAUAAAAAUUGCGAGCAGCUAUGA